CUAAUCACGUUUCUGAGGCUUCAUGAUGUGGUCCAAUGAGAACGUAGGCUUCUUUUUCAACGAACCAAUCUGAAAAUCUACGACGCGUAGUACCAGGAAGUAGCGCGGUAUUGUCAGUCGUGCGUGGUUUCAGAUCUCAACUAUUCCUGCAAGAAAUACUCACAUAUGUGAAUCUUCCUGAUGCUCACCGAGCCGGGCUUUAUGUUAAGAAGAUGACAGUACAACGACGAGCUAAUCUGAAAAUCCCAGAUACGAAUGGGAUCGAGAAGAAGAUUAAAAGGGGCAACGCUCUGAGGCAGGCGUCUGUGUGGAGGAGCAGUCGAGGCUCUCUGCUGCUGCUGCUGCUCCUGGUGGCGGUGUGCGGCGCUGCGGCCUGGCUGUACCUGGCCCCGGGUGACCCUGACGUCACCGAGACGCUGGUCCGACAGGGCGAGGUGGUGAGCCCAGAGCCACGCGUCUACACUGUGGACUGCUCUGAGGACUACGACAGCUACAAACGCUACCCUGGAUGCACUCCUCUCAAGUGUGGCCGAGCCGUAACAGACAGUGUGGUGACCAGAGAGGAGGCUCAGGUACUCCGGAGGCUGGCUGAGCGAGGUCUCGCCCUGGCGGGUUCAGAGGGAGGGGCCUCCAUCCUGGACCUGCAUUCCGGAGCUCUGUCCAUGGGGAAACAGUUUGUCAACAUCUACAGGUACUUUGGGGAGCAGGUCAGUGAAGUGUUCACCCAGGAGGAUUUUCAGCUCUACAGAGCGGUGCGUGGUCGUGUCCAGGAGGUGGUGGCCCAGGUGUUUGAGUUGGACCCUGCCCUGAUGUUCCUCACCAAACCCACCUUCUUCUCCAGGAUCAACAGCAGCUCCGCCCAGACGCAGCAUGACGAGUACUGGCACCCUCACAUAGACAAGGUACACACACACACACACACCUUCAAACUGGACCCUGGAUAUACAGUGCACCGUAUUAGGAGAAGUUCAUACGAGGGUUGAAAUGAUCACAUUAGCUAUUCUGUUUAUUCAAACCUGGCCUAUCUGGAAGGAAAGCUAUAUCUAUAAACCUAGACUUUAAUGAAUGCUUGUUACGUACUCUCUCUGGCAUUAACAAGUUACUCAGUCUUUUUAGACCAUGGUUCUCCUUAGAACGUUCCACGGGUUUCAGAGAUGAAAGCUCCUCUCUUCAGGAGUUGGCUUUAGCUCAGUGGAACAGCUUUUGACUGCUAAACGAGCAGGUUCAAAUUCCUUGGCUUUCGAAAUAAAUGUCUUCUCUUAUUUUCUGUUAGGAAGUGGAGAGACCCUGAGAGGAUGAACUUCAUUUCCUGUUUACGGG